AUGGCGACCGGCGGGGCGCUCGGAUGGCUGCUCCUCUGCGCCCUCCUAAUAUCUCUGCGGACGGCCGAUGGCUACAUGGUCGACAUCACCUACCUCGAGAGCGCAGUGGCCAAAGGGGCAGGUAUCCAUUCCUCGAGUUCUUCAAGAUCUGGCCAGAAAGAAGCUCGUAUCUGAUGCCUUAUUGCUUCCUCUCCCCCGCGAGCUUCGUCACCUUUCUCGAUCUCACGGUCUGACGAUGUCCUGUCCUGCAGUGUGCCUGGACGGGAGCCCGCCGGCCUAUCACUUUUCCCCCGGCUUCGGGUCGGGGGCCAACAGUUGGCUCAUCCAGUUCGAGGUCAGUCUUUUCUUGACGAUUGGCCUCCCCCUCCCGAUUUGACUUGCUUCUUGUUUUCGGGGCUCCACGAUUCCGUCGGGAGAUCUUCGUGAACUGUCUGUUCCUAUGCAUCUGCUCCGGCGGGCCUCCGCUGCGAUCGAUCUCCAGGGAGGAGCGUGGUGCAACAACGUGACCUCCUGCCUCGACCGGAAGAACACCCGCUUGGGUUCCUCCAAGGCGAUGGUGAAGCAGCUCGCGUUCUCUGGGAUCUUCGGCAACAAGCAGGCUACGAACCCAGACCUUUACAACUGGAACAAAGCCAGAGUUCGAUACUGCGACGGCUCCUCCUUCACUGGGGACGUGGAGGCCGUGGAUCCCGUGAGUUGCAGCAGCAGCAGUAGUAGCAGUAGUAGUAGUAGUAGUUGUUGUUGUUGUUGUUUUAUCCAGUCAUAUACCGCUGACCUCAGAGAAGCCCUGACCUUGCCCCGAUUCCGGUGACGGCGCAGGCUACCAAUCUCCACUUCAGAGGAGGGAGGAUCUUCCUCGCCGUCAUAGAGGAGCUGCUCGCCAAGGGGAUGAGCGGCGCAGACCAGGUGGUCGAAGAGGGUUUUGCGUUGGAGGCUCUUGCUCCUUCCGCGGACUUCCUGCUUCCUCACGAGUGAUCGUCCCCUUGAAUCUUGCAGGCCCUCCUCUCCGGCUGUUCGGCGGGGGGGUUGACCGCCAUCCUGCAGUGCGACAGAUUCCGUGCGCUCCUUCCGGCGGCCGCCAAGGUCAAGUGCCUCGCCGACGCAGGGUUCUUCGUCAAUGCGUGAGUGCUCGAGCUCGAUCCGACUGACCGGGGUUCUUCCCCCGAGUUUUUCCGGGCUGACGACGCUGCCGGCCGGCGCUGCAGGAAGGACAUCACCGGCGCUGAGCGCAUUCAAGCUUUCUACAGCGACGUCGUGGCGACGCACGUAUGAUUGCUUCCUUCCGCCUCUCGCUUUCCUGAUAUCUCACUCAGGCCCUCUCAUGUCCUCUCCCUCUACCUCUGGUUCGCCAGGGCUCUGCGAAGAACCUGCCGUCGUCGUGCACCUCGCGGCUGAGCCCGGGCCUGGUAAGCAAUGCCGUCAAACCGCCGCCACCUCCACCAGUAUGCGGUGCUUCUCGCCUUCAUGGAUCGAACUAACGUGGCCCCGGCCCGCACGCAGUGCUUCUUCCCGCAGAACGUGGUUCAAGGAAUCCGGACCCCUCUCUUCAUCCUGAACGCCGCCUAUGAUUCCUGGCAGGUAAGCCCGACCGCCGUUUAGGGUUCUUGUUCUUCGCCGGAUCAGCCGAUGGCCUGAACUUUGGAGUGAAUCUGCGGGAGAAUUUUUGAUCUCCGGGGAGGGAUUAAUCUGCGGGUUUUCAGAUCAAGAACAUCCUGGCACCGGGAGCAGCGGAUCCCCACGGGACCUGGCGCGACUGCAAGCUCGACAUAAAGAAAUGCUCCCCCGCCCAAAUCCAGACGAUGCAUGGUCAGUGGAGCGGUCGCUGUUCUUCGUUAAUCUUACCGCCGACGGAGAAGAGAGUAAGUCGGGCGUUGACGGAGGCUGUCUUGAGCGUGGACAGGUUACAGGGAGGGAUUCCUGAAGGCGCUGGCGGCGGUGGGAAACUCUCCGUCGAGGGGCUUCUUCAUCAACUCCUGCUACGCCCAUUGCCAGUCGGGGAUGCAAGAGACGUGGCUGAGGGGGGACUCUCCCAAGCUCGACGAUACGGUCUGAUCCGUGAUCUCUACCUUGAUAGAUGAGAUAGAUCGGUAGAGGGGGAAUCGUUUCCUCGAGAUCAUGAUCCAUUUUUCGUUUCCUCGUCUGCAGACGAUUGCAAAGGCGGUAGGGGACUGGUUCCAUGACCGGCAGGGGUUUCAGAAGAUCGACUGCCCUUAUCCCUGCGACAAGACAUGCCACAAUCGCAUCUUUGAAUGA